CCCAAGUGCGCCCAAACCAAACCGCCUUCACGCAAUCACUUCCUUCGACGCUUCCAGCAGAUCCACCACCGCUCCCAAUUCCCAACCCCCAAGACCAGUCUCCAGUCAUCUCCAUGGCGCGGGGACCCGUCCUCCUCCUCCUCGCCCUCCUCGUCGCGGGCCUCGCGGCCGCCGCCCCGGCGGUGGCGCUGGGCGGCCGCGGCGCGCGGGUCGGCGGGUGGGGCCCCAUCCCGGACGUGAGGGACGCGCACAUCCAGGAGCUGGGCGGGUGGGCGGUGGAGCAGCACGCGAGGCUGGCCAGCGACGGGCUGCGGUUCCGCCGGGUCACGCGCGGCGAGCAGCAGGUCGUCUCCGGCAUGAACUACCGCCUCUUCGUCGACGCGGCCGACGGCUCCGGCAACAGCGCGCCCUACGUCGCCGAGGUCUACGAGCAGUCCUGGACCAACACCCGCCAGCUCACCUCCUUCAAGCCGGCGGCCAACUGAUCCGACCCCCUCCGGCGCAUGCCGAUCCGCGUCCGCUCCGGUUAAUCUCGUCCGCCCGUCCUUUGUGUAGUUUGUAGUACUGCUAGUGCUGCCAAUAAAUGAGUCGUGCGGUUUGGCCGUCCCGCCUGCAGUUCAUCAUCCUGACUACUACUACUACUACUAGUGUAUUUGGCAAAUAAAAUUGUGAGUACUCUGAGAUUGUUGUGA